AACACAGUGGCGUGGCCUCCGAAAUUCACCACACUUGUUAACUGUUUAGCGCUGGACAAUCGCCAAAAUACAGCACGUACAGCUCUAGCAUCAUGAACAACUUAAAAGUUAUCAACCUUCUUGAGAAAUGAGAAACGGGUAAAAGUAUUAUUUGGACGAAUCAUACGAUGCUUUUAAUUCGCUAAACAUCAAUCUGAAGAUAGAUUGAUGGAAUUUCAUACUGCGACGUUUCAUUUAUUUUAUGUUUAAUGAAAAUAUAACAGUAUUCAUAAGGAUCUGGGUCAUUCUUUAGACUCGAGGAGUAUCGGUCAGUAUCGGAGUAGAGAGAACAUCAAAUUUCAAUAAAUAUCCCAUCUUCGAGAGGUUCGUGCUUAUGGCAGACUAGUAGAGACAUUUUGAAAGAAUGAAAACAGUUACCAUGGAUACUAGAAUGCACUGGAUAUGCUCCCUUUCAAUUCUCAUUUGUGGACUUCUUGGAGGAAACUAUUAUGCUUCAGCCCAAGUCUGCACGUCAAUCCCACUGAGUGACCCGAUCCGUGUGGUAGCCACGCCCCCUCUUAACGGACCAAACUACGCUUAUUUUGAAUUGGUUACCUUAUCGUGUAAUUCCUCGGGAGAGUAUACCUUCACCGGGAAUGAUUAUACAUACUGUGAAGGCAAUAAUCAAUGGAAUCCCGACCCAUCAACAGUCAUAUGCUACGAAAAAUGCGCAGAUAAUCUCCUUCCAGCAGGUGUCAUCCAAGUCGACGCUGAUGGCGCCACAAAGAGUUACUACGAGCACGGAGAAUACAUUUAUUUAUCUUGUUCUGGUAGUCAGACUCUGAUUGGUCCAAAUAGGGUCACAUGCUUAGAUGGCUCCAUCGGUGAUGUCACGGUAUUGUGCGAAGGAGGAACAACUACGAUUGUGUACACGACCACACACGCUACAACUACAAGUGCGCCCUCAACGACUACCCAACAGGACCGAACAACGUUGGAUUUCCAGACGAUAUUCAAUACUGCAACGGGUGCUACCACACCUGACAAUGACAGCCUCUCCACCCAACAGCCUGGAGAAGCCACGGAGGCACAAACGAAUCCACUGACAUCCAUAGAGUAUAUUACAUCAAACGAUGGUACCACAGUGGAGAUUUCGACAAUGAUUCCAACUGAUCUAUAUGCAACCACUGUACAACAGUCUACAUCAAGAACUCUUACAGAAAACAUUACAGAAGCAACAGAGGCGCUAACAGAUAUACCAACAUCAACGUCUGCGAGUACGGAUGUGUAUGAAGGAACGACGUUCCAGACGGUGUUUUCAACAGACUUUACAGGAGGCACGAUGAAAACAGAUUCACCUGUGACAGUCACGACGCCAGGAUCCAGCGACGAAGCGACAGUGGCAGUCACCGAGGAAACCGUAACAUUCUCAACGUCUAUGCUGGCCACUGAUGUGAACAUAGCAACAACAAUCCAGACAGAAUUCAUCACAGAUCUUCCAGAGAGUACUUCGGCAACUGAUUAUGCAUUAACAGAUUUCACAACAGAGGUCGUAACAGAAGUUGCAACAGAGUUCGCAACAGAAACAGAUACCUACCCAGCAACCACGAUGCAGGAAACGAAAACAACUCCAUUCACAGAGUUACCGCAAACGGACGGUAACAUCGUUACUACAUUGACCACUGGCAUAUCUGUGACUGAUGACGAUGUGACAACUUCACCCAUAGAAGCCACUGAAGUGGUGUCAACUUUAAUUACAGUAACGGAAGUGGUAACAGAAAUGGAUGACCUUACUUCCACAAUGACAACAGCUCCACUUGGCACUGAUAUGACAACCAUGAUGUACGAUCCGUGUGAGGGGUUUUGCGACCCAGGCCGAGAGCGAUGCUUAGUAGGACUGGAUGGACCAGAAUGCGUGUGUCUUCCAGGAUUCUAUAGGAUUACCGAGGACCGUUCAGAGACAGACGUCCAGUGCACAGAGGCAAUCCUAUUCGAGGUCGACGCACGUAUCACAGAAAUUGACGGUCAAACUGUCGAGUUUAGCGAAGAUUUGAACAACAGCUCCAGUCCUCGAUUCAUCUACUUGGACGAUCUAAUAUGCACUGCGGCGUCGUCGAUCCAGGAUUCUCUCUCCGACUUCCUCGUCUGUCAGGUUGCUUCGUUCUCCAAUGGUAGUAUCAUCGCCGCAAUCGAACUCUACUUCGACGAGCUGAGCAAUGCCACGGAGGUUGAGGUAUUCAAUGAGACUAUAUCGGUUUUUGAGGAGAACAACAUCACGGCUGAAGUCACCAGAGUGGAAUUGAUGAUACCUUCCAUAUCAACGACUGCGCCCUCAACUACCAAAACACAAACAUCAACUACGGCAACAACAGACCAUGAUACAACUGACAGGACCACUCUAACGACCAGAACAACGCCAUCAAGAGGUACAGAAGGGGCAACACAAGGGACGAAGUCUUCAACAACCCAAUUUGUUACGACUGCUCAACCAACCAAUAGUAUCACGAAUACAACACUCAUAGUGUUAUACGUCUUGAUCCCCGUUCUCGCCGUCAUUCUCCUGAUCGCCAUCGGAGUCAUUCUCUAUCAAAACAAGAAAGUAUCGGACCAAUACGGUGUCCACAACCCAAGAGGCAAGAAACCAAAGGAACCGAAAAAUGAUAAGAAGUCCAAGGGUUCCAAAAAGGAAAUGAAUACCUACGUUAAUACAGCGUUCUAUGACGGAAUAAAGACCAGCGCAGACAAGGCAACUCAAACGCCGAAACCACAGCCUUCGGAUGACGAUCGUCCAGACAGCGGCGUAGUCGUAUCUGAGGACGUCGACCAUAUGGUGUAUCCUUUCCCCGGGAAUGAACCAGAUCGACACGAGGACGUCGAUGACGCCAAGGUGAUCUACGCGAAGGUCGAUCGAAAAUCCGUAAAAGAUGUAACGCAUAAAAAUCCACCAGUUAUUGUCGAAAUUGAAUUAAAACCGGUAGUGGUGGAUGAACCGCAAAGCGCGCCAGUCGAUUGGGCUGCGGUAGAUCCUGAGCACGAUACGAUUGAGAGAGAAACGUCAGUCAGCGAAGCGGUUACAAUAGAGUCAGACCAUAAUGACGUUGACGAUCAGGCGGACGAUUCGAAUACUGAAUCGCUCGAAAUGAACAAUACGGGCUCGCAAACCGAGGUCGAUGAUCAGGAUGAAGAACCCAACUAUAUAGCCAUAGGAGGUUUUGAACUCAAAGAAACGUCUUCCAACCAGGGAUCGACGUCGAAAGAGGGCGAGAGUAUUAAACUCGACUCCAUUAGCUUAGAAUUAACAUCAACGAUGGAAAGUGAAUUGGACAGGAGGUUCAGUUAUCCUAGUUCUCCUUGUUGACCUUUGAACCCUUAAUCCCAGUAGGUCUUUCUGUUUCCUUUUUCGGGUCAGGUUAGGUUUUUCUUCAGUCAUGAAAUUUGGGAAAUCGAAAAAGAAACAAAGCGAAUAAGCCUACUUCUUAAAACGUAAAGGUAUUUUAUCUGGAUUGUUUUUCGAAUGAACGAUUCUUUUUUCAUGUAUAAUUAUUUUCAUGCAACAAAAUACUUUUUUGUUGAUAGUGGCAUUGUCAUACUUCAGUGGAAAGAAACUUGGACGUCGUCACUUUGCCAUAUUACUCUACACUCUCAUAUCUGAUCUUCAAAUGGUUUUAUAUAUUCCUUUCUUAUAGCUCAUUUUAUACUGCGCCAUGAUCAUUAACUUAUGAUUGAUCAUGACGCAUUACACAACUAUCUUUUUUAUCAUUAAAAUAGCAUUAUUGUCGGCUGGUCUGACAUCUCAUUUUAUCCAUUCUACACCGAAUUUACGUAAUCCCGAACGGCUGUAAAUACUGUCGCGUCACCAGGAUAUUGUUUCAGUGCGGUAGGUAUCGAAUAUAAUGUCUGUAUGACUGAAAAAGGGUAAAAACGCAACUGUAACAAAAUAGGUAAAAAGGGUAGGUUUGCAAUUGUUCAGAGACAUUUUGGCGGUAUGUGUACAUGUGGGAGGGUGAUUGGAGUGAUGACAUUUUUCACAAAAAGAGUUUCGCGAGAAUAUCGCAAAUCUUAUGACCUUCUACCAUCUUCUUAAAAAAAUGGACUCCCUUUUGCAACCCCACAUGGUAACUACUUGAUUCCCCACUGAGUUAUCUUUUAUUGAUUUUAUCUAUCAUCAAGGUUCCGUAUGACAAAGGUUAGCGAUUGAUCGCACGCUUGAUUUUAAAGAUUGAUUGUACAUAGUAGUCAAUAGAAACAAUCGUAGAAAAAUGUUCUACGAUCAUUGCUAAGUUUUGUGUUACGGUUCCCACGUCUUGUUAUACCUUAAAUGGUAGAUUUGAUUAGAAUAAUUCAAUGCAUAAAUGCAAAAAUAUUCUAAACCGUUUUUAAAUCAUGGUUAUAUAACAUUUUCCAACUUGAUCACUAAAUAUUUAUUGUUAUGCUCUGUAAAGAUACUUCCUGCUUAUGCAUUAUGUUCUAAAGAUUAUAUUAUACUGCCAAGUAUUCAUUAUUUAAAAUGUAAAUAUAUAUAUGCCUAGGAGAUAGUGAACUGAACCAUUCAUUUUCACCCCCCAAAAAUAAUUCGUUUCUAACACUGUUGCUGUUAUAAGCAAAAAAAAUAUUUACCAAUGUUUGCCUGAUGUGUCAAUUUUUUCUGGAAUGAUCCGAGCAUGCUGUUUACGAACAAAGGUAAAAAAGGAAUUAUAUAAUUUUUUUAAUCAACUAUGCACUUUUAUCUGUUUAUAAGGUCGCAAUUAUACAUUUUAAAAUAGAAAGGCGACACAAUAUUCUUAUAAAGCAUUUGACCUUAUUAUUGAAAGGCCGUAUAGAAAAACGAACGAACAAGAAUAAAUCAAACGAAGAAAUAUUGAUCUGUGGAAAAUGAUUCCCAAAGUAAUGUGAAACUUUGGUUAUAAUUGUUGUAAUUGUUUUAAGGCAUUCUGUAUUUCUAAUAUGUUAACUUUUUUAAAUAUUGUUUUUCAGUCUUUUUUAUACAAUUUUGUUAAAACAGAUAUUAUGAUAACUUUUGUUUGGUUUUAUACAUGAAUAAACAAUUCAAGAAAUGGUAUAAAGAAAGAAAGAUUCGAGUAAACCAGGGGAGCGUUUCAUGAAGCAAAUAUUGAUUUUACAGACUACGUUGUUAUUCGCCAAUCAGGUAAUAGGAUUAUUGUAGCUUAUAACAUUUUCAGCCAAAAUUUCUUUGGGAACUUUCCUCAGUUGUGAUUAUUGACAAUAUAAUUGCGCCCAUUAUUCACAACUGUCGAUUGAAGCUGACGUAUGCUUACUUUACAGUUAAUAACCACUAAAUUUUAUAAAUUACAAACAGAGACACUGUGACUAGGGCCUAAUAUAAUCAUAUAUUUGUGUUUAAUAUAAAUUUCUUUAUCAUUUUUAUUAUACAAAAUGCAAUUACCUUUUACUCAAAAAGUAAGAUAUUUCUUUGUACUUGAUACUAAGAUGAGAUAAUUUUUAUAGACAUAAGGUACUUAAAAAGAACUACAUUGAGAUUAAAAUAAUAACUUCUUAUAAAUAUGAAAUCCAUGUGCGAAUGAGAUCGUUCAUAUACAGUUG